CAGCGGACUUUGUUCUGUUCUGUCUCGUCAUAUCAAGAUGGCUGUCAAGCGGCUGUGAAACAAAAACAUAAAAAUAUACUCAUAAUACCAGUGUGUUGAACCUAUAUUUUAUUUAAUCAUGAGUGCACAAAAAACAGAAAAAAUGUCACAGGUUUUAAAAAUUGAACCAGAUAAUGAACUUGUUUUCCGUGGUCCAUUCAAAGAUGUUGUCACCACUAUUCUAAAGUUAACUAACCCUACAGAAAAGAAAGUAUGUUUCAAAGUGAAAACCACUGCCCCAAAAAGAUAUUGUGUCCGACCAAACUGUGGAAUCAUUGAACCAGAAGAAUCAGUUAAUGUUGCUGUGAUGCUACAACCAUUUGAUUACAAAGACCCAUCAGAAAAUAAAAGACACAAGUUUUUGGUCCAGUCAAUUAUACCUACAGAGGAAAUUAAAGCCAGUGAAGUAGAGGGUCUGUGGAAAAACCUUCCUGAGAAUUAUCUUGUUAUGGAUUCGAAACUAAAAUGUGUGUUUGAACUGCCAAAUUCUGAUGCAGGUGCAGAGAAGGAAAAUGAAUCAACGCCUGCUAUCAGCACAUCUCAAGAAAAAAAUGUAUCUUCUACACCCAAAGAAUCCACUCCAUCUACACCGAAACCACCUGAGUCAGCUACAACAAGAGCACCAGUAACAUCGACAACUAUCGACAGCAAACCACAAACUAAAAAACCUUCAAGGCCAGUUGUUAAAGAGCCUGUUAAAAAGGAAGCUGAAGACGCCAAACCUACAUCGACACAACCAACUAAACCUGUGGAAACCGAACAGCGUAAAGUAUCAGAUCGACUUCCAACUGAGUUGGUGACACAAGACAACACGAAUUUGCAAAUGUCUUUCGUCAUCGGGAUUUUCUUAGCGUUAAUUAUGGGUAUCAUCCUGGGAAAGUAUGUUUUAUGAGCCUAAUGACAAGACACACAUAAAUUUCAAGAAGAAGAAAAGAUGAAAAAAACUAAUCGAUGUUUUAAAAGCAUAGAUUUCUAUUAAACUAUAAUUAUUUGCUAAGUUUUGAUUGGUCUGUUAGGUCAAGCGAAUAUAAAAAUAGGCGUGGUGAUUGGUAGUGUUGUUGCUAAAUAUGCAAGUAUAUUCUUGUAUGAGCCAUACAGCGUGCUGUUUUAGAAAUCUCUUGACGCUGCAGAAAUAUAUUUUUACUAUUUUCAACUCCUUUUGAAUUAUUAUGUUUAACUUAUCUUAGAAACGAUUAUUUGUGAAACGCAACAAAAAAUACUAACAUUGUAUUUUUGUUUUAGUAAAAGAGACUGUAGACAACGUGGCUUACAA